AACUAUUGCUCUUUUGAAACCGAGUAUCUAGGAACAACUGAGAACUACAAAUUGGCUCUUCAUAUUUUAUCUUGUAUCAAUACCCCGAUUUUCAUUUAUGGCGCUUGGUGUAUCAUAUUCAAAACGCCUGCAAAGAUGGCUUCCCUCAUAAAUGUCAUCCUUUGGUCUCACUUUUUCAGCGCACUUUUGGAUUUGUCUCUGAGCGUUUUUGUGGUUCCUUAUGUGUUGCUUCCAAAAUUUUCUAUGUACGCGUUGGGAUUUUUAAACUAUCCCCAGUUUGAUUUUUAUUAUUUACUAACAAUAGUUUCAUUUGCUGCUCUUGCAAUCGUAAUGAUUUUUGAAAUUCAAUAUUAUGUUUUAUUUGCCCGAAAUGAAAAUCCGUUCUGGUGCACUAUCAGAAAACCGUUUUUGAUUUUCGACCAUUUUGUUGGAUUACUUUUCAUUAUUCCUGUUGCUGGAAGCCCCGAAUCAAUCUUUAAUUUUCAGAUCCUUCCAUGUAUGCCUCAAUUGUACAUUAACGAUCGCAAACUUUUUGUGGCAUUUUUAGAUUUCAAGUUGUCAUUUGCCAGUGUUUGCUGGCAGACCGUUUUCCUGUCUUCUCAAGUUUUCACUUUUUUGGCUGUUAUUCUUUACAAGCUAAGAAAGCUUGAACGGCAAAACAAGUGUUCAAGCAGAACAGAAUCAAUGCAACGGAGGCUUAUUAUCGCGCUGUUCAGACAGAUUCCAAUUUCAUUAAUUUUGGCUCCAAUCGUGUAUAUAUUAGUGACUGCAGAACUCAAUUAUUAUAAUCAGUCUUUUACAAAUUUCAUAUUCUUGGCAGUGGCUUCGCAUGGAACAGUGUCCGCCUUGAUUUUUAUACACAAACCCUAUCGAGAUGCAACCUGGAAUUUGUUUCGAUGGUUUUCGAAAAGAUAA